UUGGUACGAAUUGUCAAAAGUUUUUUUUUCCUUUAUAUUCAAUUACAUAAUAUUACAGAAUCGGAAAUAGAAAUAGGUUAGUUUUUUCAAAUUUACCGCGGCUGUUCAGGUUUUCGGCCGCUAUCUAGCGGAUUAUAUUGAAAGUAUUGUAGGCCUGUCAGUUGUGACCGUGUGAUGUGCACCAAGGUGUGACUUCAGCGUGUGUUUAUUCGUAAAUUAAUGUGAGAAGAAUUAAUCCUAAUAACCCAAUGGUUAUUAACGCUUAACAUAACUGUGAUAGUUCGUAUGGAUCCUUCUAUCUCUUGGUUUCAACCUGAACAAGAAGGACCUGCUAAACUUCUGUGGCUUCGAAUUUGGCAAACUCAACAAGAACUGGAUAGAAUGAACAUAAAUGAAGGAGAUAUUGAUAUAGAGUCAUUCACAAACGUUAUUAAUAAUCAGAACACUGCUGUCAUGAACGGAAAAUUGGAUAAAUCCAAUAAUAUUCUGCCGAGAAGACGUCGAUGCGAUAAUCGUGCCAGUACCAGGUUUAUUAGCAGAAAUCCUCAAAAAGUUGUCGGCGAAUUCGGAGGCUGUCCAUGGCGGCGAGAAAAUUACAUAUACGGCAAAGGAAUCAUAGGAUUGCACCAAGAAAUCGAGCAUUUCUAUUCAUACAUGAGCCCUACUGAGUUGGAACACCAAAUUAGAGGAGACGUAGUGCAACGUAUCAAGAGGAUUAUAAUCUCCAAGUGGCCUGAAGCUCAAGUGGAAAUUUUUGGUUCCUAUCGUACUGGACUGUAUCUACCUACGAGUGACAUUGAUUUGGUGGUUAUAGGUAAAUGGUCAAAUCUGCCUCUUAGAACUUUGGAACAGGAGUUUCUGGAAAAAGAGGUGGCGUUAGAGAAUAGCAUAAAAGUGUUGGACAAAGCUAGUGUACCCAUAGUUAAGUUGACCGACAGAAGGACCGAGAUUAAAGUGGACAUUUCUUUCAAUAUGUCGAACGGUGUUAAGUCGGCCGAACUCAUCAAAAACUAUAUUGCCAAAUACCCAGUGCUACCCAAGUUAGUUUAUGUUUUAAAGCAGUUCUUGCUCGAGAGGGACUUGAACGAGGUGUUUACUGGCGGCAUUUCCAGCUACAGUCUCAUCCUCAUGUGUAUUAGUUUCUUGCAAUUGCACCCUCGACCAGACUAUCUUAAACAUGGAAACCUUGGGGUUCUUCUGAUCGAGUUUUUCGAACUGUUCGGUAGGAAGUUCAAUUACAUGAAAACGGGUAUUCGGAUACGGGACGGAGGAAAGUACAUCAACAAAGAGGAUAUGCAGAAGGAGAUGAUCGAUGGGUACAGACCUAGUUUGUUGUGUAUAGAGGAUCCGCUCUUACCAUCUAAUGACAUCGGUAGGAGUAGUUAUGGAAUUCUCCAGGUGAAAAGGGCCUUCGAAUAUGCCUACUCUGUUUUAACAAAUGCUGUACAUCCGUUUUCCCAGUACUGCAACUGCCAAAAUAAUUCAAUCCUAGGCAGGAUCGUCAGGGUCACAGAUAAAGUUGUACAGUAUCGUAGAUCCUUGGAGAGCUCGUUUAGGCAUUUGGGAAGUCCACAAAUAUCCCCGAUACCAUCGCCCAAAAGGUCCAGUAGAUCUCUGUCCAGUAGCGGUUCAGUUUCAUCGUUUGAUGAAAGUGGUGGCAGCUCCGAGGGUUCUGAGUCUUCUUCGAGGGAUAUUUCUCCCAACAUUAAUAUACCUCAACGAAAAAACCACCAGAAAAACAUCAACAGGAAUAAGAACAGCAAAAAAAUCAACUAUAAUCAGACCAAUCUUGUUAAACGCAAAAAACCCACGACAAAACAAUAGUAUUUAUUUUAGAUUUUUUCAAUUUUCUAUGUAUAUAUUGUAAAUAUUAGGUUAUAGUCAGAAUAUGCCUCUGAGUAGGCAUUUACGAGUACUCAAUCGUGAACUGGUAUUGCGAUUCACAACUUCUUUUCUCUGUCAUAACAUCUGACCAAAAAUGAUUGUCCUAGGAUUUUUAAUUAUGUAUUUUUGAGUUUCUAUAUGUUACAUUUCAUCUUCAAAAGGAUUGAAGGGAGAUAAUAUCAAUUUCUAGGGAAAAACAAUGUGUCAUAUAAUUAUCUGCUAUUGAUUUCUCAUUGAGUCUUAUUCUUUUCUAGAAGACAUAAUUGCCCUUUUUGCUGAUGGGAUGCUGCAUUAUAGUCUCCAGAUUUGGAUUAUAUUGUACAUUUAUCUUUUUUCAAAACUAUGUUGAAGAUGAUCAAAAUUGACUCUGAGGAACUUCCAUUUCAAAGGAAACCAUUUUAGGUAAUUAUACUUAAUUAUUCCGAGGCUAAUUGUUUAUUGAAGAAAAGAAUUUUAGAAAUCAAAUUUGUUUCCAUAUUUGUACAUUUUUUUUGCAAAUUAUAUUUAAUUUGGUUUCACUCUAUUGAUACUUGAGUAUCUACUUGAAAGAAUAAUAAUUGAUUUUAGUUCCUUUUAUAUUCUCACACCAAAUAUGUUCAUAACUUAUAGACUUGUGAAAAAAAAGAAAAUUUCAUAAAAACCAUUGUGUACAGUUAUAAUCAUCCAUUAUGUAUAAUUUUUCUUUAUUUUUGUGUAAUCAGACGGCAAAUAUUGAAUUUUGAAGCAGUAUAUAAUAGAAAUUCAUUACUAUUCCUUAAAAAACAAAAUGGAGUAAUAUAUUAUUUUACAUCUUCAAUUUAUUUGUUAUCUGACAAUAUUUCCGUUUUACUAUUUUCCUUUUUGUAUUCAGUGCCUUUAUCAGGAUUUGAUACAAGUGAAUCAAACUUAGUGUUGAUAUAUUUCUUCUUCUUUUCAUUUCAUUUGAGUUGAAGUAAUUUCUCACUGGUUGAAUCUUCAAAUCUGUAACAUCUAAUUAAACUUUCCUCAGUCUAAAAAUUACUAAAAUCAUUCAAGUAUUUUAACUGUUUCUAUGAUUUUUGAAUUAUACAGUCCUCAUUUUUCUGUUUUUUAGCUAUACAUACAUUUUUUCUCUUAUAUGUGUUGAUAAUACCAUUUUAUUUUUCCACAUUUAAAAAUGACUUCUUCAAAUUAAUGAAUUUCAUGUAAAAUCAUAAAAAUUUUCAAUUGAGCUGAGCUAAUUGAAUAUUUUUCUACCUCUAAAUAUUUUUUUGAAGAAUCAGAAAAAAUAAUUUAUUAUAUAUUUGAAAUUAUAACAGUAGAUCUGCCAAUGAAACUGAACUAAGUAGUUAAUGAUAGCUAUCGAGCUUUUCCAAUCGGCAGUUCAUCUAUUUCCUGUAUUUAUAAUAUUUGAAGUAGUUUCCAUAUUUUUCAAACUAAAAUACAUUUGAAAAUCACUUUAUACUCCAGUAUUCAAAGCAAAACUUCCACUAGUCAGCUAUUAUGAUUGUUACAAUGAGAUAGCGUAGUCGAUUGAGUAAAAAUAUUCGUCUGAAUAGGCAUAUUCUGAAAUUAUGUACAGCAAUCUCUAACCUCAAAAAAAAACCAAUUGGUAUAUAGGAAAAUUUUUGAGUGCCAUUUUAAGAUCAUAUUCUUGUUGUCAGUUUUAACUCUUGGGUUAUCAAUUAUUACUUAUUUCAUCUUAAAGUGAAUUUAAAUCGAUUCUUAUUGCUGCUUUAUGCAUUACCAGCAAUCUUUCACAAUUCAUAAUGUUGAUUACAUUUUCAUCCAAAUGUGCAUUCAAAAAUUUUCUGAUGUAUUUUGCAUAAUUCUAGUUCAUAUUGAUAUGUGAUAUUGAGGAUAGGAUUAAUAUUUGUAGAUAUUAAAUAUUAUCAAGGUUUCCUACCACAAAUCAGAGCUUUAGAUAUGAUUUUUGGUCUUGAUAUACUUUGAAGACUUGAUGUAAAAAUGAUCCUUGCUGACAAAAGUUUGUCAUGUUAAUAUUUUGACUGUUUUAAGUCAUUUAUGUAGAUAUAAGUCAUAAAAUAUUUAUUCACAGGGAUUUUCAAAAUAUAAAUUUAUAUCCCUCAGUAAAACUUCCAUACACCUCAUACACAGAUUGUUGUUUUCCUUGUUUUUAUUUUACUUUAAUUCCAUUUGAUCAAUUGGCUCUUGUUAUUAAUCAUCCUCCAUUUUUAUUUUCCUUUAAAAUAUUAUUUUAUUUGUAUUACAAUUACUUUAAAUUUGGAUCUAUGUUGAGAUAUAUUGAAUUUUUACAGUAUGGUUGUUAAUAAUAAUAAUAAGUAUUUAUAAAAUAUAUAGUUUUUAAGGCUGUAAGACUAUGUAUAAUCUUAUUAAAAAAACUAGAAUUUUUAAUGAGAAUAGACUAAUGUCAAGUACAAAAUUUAAGAUACAAAUGGAAAAAUCUUCGAAAAAAAUUUAAACUAGCGCCAAGAAUUUUUUUCACAAAAAUACCAAAUUCUGUUCAAAUAUAUUUUGCUCUUGUGCGCGGA